AAGAAAAAAAAAUCAUUGCAACUCCUAAAUUAUCACGCACAUCCAUCUAAAUGUCGAACUCACAUUUGUGUUUGCUCUCACUCAUGUCCAUCUUAUCCUUACUCAUCACUACAACAACCAAUCUUGUCGUCGCUCAGCGAUGUCGUCCCGACCAAACCAAAACCCUCAAGCGUUUCAAGAACGAGUUUGCGUUCUCCAGCAGCUGCACCGACGAGGCCUACUUCUUACGCGGUGUGACCUGCGAUAACGUGACCGGUGCGGUCACCCUGCUAGAACUCCCCAGUGGAUGUCUGCGUGGCACUCUCAGAGACAAUAGUAGCCUCUUCGAGCUAAGCCAUCUCCGUUACCUUAACCUCUCUUUCAACAACUUCGCUUCAUCUCCUUUACCUUCUAGUUUUGGUCAGCUACAGAAUCUUGAGGUCUUGCUUCUCUCCUCUAAUGGAUUUUUAGGUCAAGUUCCUUCCUCUAUACGCAAUCUCACAAAACUAACUCAGUUACAGCUUGCUCACAAUAAGCUCACAGGUGAUUUAACUUCACUUGUAAAGAAUCUAACAAAGCUUUCACAUUUAGACGUUUCUUCUAAUGAAUUCUAUGGAACCAUACCUUCUUUUCUCUUCACUCUGCCUUCCUUGUCUUAUCUUGAUUUGAGUGAGAAUCAUCUCACUGGCUCAUUUGAAACCCCUAUUUCUUCACCUAAGCUCCGAGUUCUCACGCUCUCUUACCUAAACAUAACCCACCAGAUUGACUUAAGAAUCUUCUCCUCUCUCAAAUCUUUGUCAGACCUUGAUCUUUCCGGAAUCAGUUUGACACCAACGAGUGUGGAUUCAGACAUCGACUUUGCAAAGUCUCUCAGGUUCUUGUUCUUGUCGGAAUGCAACAUUUAUGAGUUCCCAAGAUUCGUUAAAUCUCUAACGAAUCUCGAGUACUUAUAUCUUUCUGACAACAGAAUCAAAGGGAACGUUCCUGAUUGGUUAUGGAGUCUUCCUCAUUUGACCUCACUGGAUCUUCAUAACAACUCUUUCACCGGCUUCGAAGGUUCAUUAGAUCAUGUUUUAGCCAACUCAUCGGUGCACGCUCUAGACAUUGCUUAUAACUGCUUCAAUGGUUCCUUCCCUGAUCCACCACUCUUCAUCAUCAACUUGUCUGCUUGGAACAACAGCUUCACAGGAGAGAUCCCUCUCUCAACUUGUAACAGAACCUUUCUUGAUGUUCUUGAUCUCUCCUACAACAGCUUCACCGGCUUAAUCCCUCCAUGUCUCGGUAACAUCAGCAUAGUGAAUCUCCGGAAAAACAAGCUGCAAGGAAACAUCCCAGACGAGUUCUACAUCGGCGCUUCCACACAGACGCUUGACGUGGGAUACAAUCAACUAACCGGGAAGCUUCCGAGAUCCCUCUUGAACUGCACACUCCUAAAAUUUGUUAGUUUGGAUCACAACAGAAUCAGUGACUCGUUUCCCUUCUGGCUCAAGGCACUGCCGAGUUUGAAAGUCCUUACUUUACGUUCAAACAGAUUCCACGGUCCUAUAUCUCCACCUGAUGGUCCAGGUCCUCUUGCCUUUCCCAAGCUCCAGAUACUUGAAAUAUCCCAUAACGGGUUCACCGGAAGCUUACCAAGAAAUUACUUUGAGAACUGGACUGCUACAUCUCUCAAGCCUAGCAAUGAAGAGAAGAUGUAUAUGGGAGAUUAUUUAAGUGAUAGGUUUGGUUAUGAUGAUACUUUGGAUUUGCAAUACAAAGGUCUAUACAUGGAGCAAGGAAAGGUUUAUAAUUUAUAUACGGCCAUAGAUUUCUCUGGAAACAAACUCGAAGGAGAGAUUCCGGAAUCUAUUGGUCUGUUGAAGGCAUUGAUUGCUCUCAACUUAUCAAACAACUCAUUCACAGGACAUAUCCCUAUGUCUUUCGCCAAUGUGAGUGAGCUAGAGUCAUUAGACCUGUCAGAGAACAAACUGUCAGGGGAGAUUCCUCAGGAGCUAAAGAGGCUUUCGUAUUUGGCAUACAUAGAUGUCUCUGAUAAUCAGCUCACUGGUGAAAUACCACAAGGGACACAGAUCACAGGGCAGCCUAAAUCUUCAUUUGAAGGGAAUCUAGGGUUAUGUGGUCUUCCUCUUGAAGAAAGUUGCUUCAACGAAAACAUACCAUCAACAGAAGAACCAGAAGAAGAUGAAGAAGAAGGAAUAUUGAAGUGGAGAGCAGUGGCAAUAGGGUAUGGACCUGGAGUUUUGUUUGGAUUAGCAAUAGGAUAUGUUGUUGCUUUGUACAAGCCUGAGUGGUUCAUCAAGAAUUAUAUUUAGAACAGGCUCCGAGGUAUUUGAUGCCUUUAGGAUCAAUUUGUUUCUGCUUAUCUUUUUGUUGUUGUAAUUUGAUCUUUGAAUGUGUGUUAAGUUAAUCAAAAACAUAAUUCUAGUAUGUUUAGUGUUACUUUAA